GAGGUCACCAACGGAUUUGGGCUCCGUGUCGUUGCCAUGGCCUCGAGCGCAGCCUCGAGCUCGAACAUUUGUCGUCGCGAGCAGAUUGUUGGCAUCGUCAAUUGCAGCUCGUGGUCGGCGUUUCGGAGCCACAGCUGCCAGAGAGAGAUGGGAUUUUGAUUUUCAUUUGUGGACCUACUCCUGCGCUGAGAGCUGGUCCGUGCCAGAAGCUCACCGAGGGAGUGGAUUGCAGUGCAGUGCAGGAAUGUGCGUGUGCUACGCAAGCUCGAGUGUGGAUAGAGGAAUCGACCUGGCGUGCGGAAUUUGCUGAUUCUGGUCCAGAUUCUGGGAGUUGGAGCUUCCGGAGUGAAGCUUACCAGCAGUGGUCUUCCGUUGUUCAGCUCCGAGUUCGUUCUCAGCUGGGUCCAGAUGUCGAUGACCUCGUGUGCUUGCGGCGCGGUCGCGCAGAUUGCGUCGCCUUCUCUACCUUCGAGUUCGCGGGGUUCGCAAGUGCAUGCGGAGCUUGUGCGUCUACCUCUCGCUCAUGCGCUGCGUGGACAUGGUGCUAGGCACUCAUGCUCCAGACGCCGAGGAACUCUUACGGUCCGGGCAAUUGGGGGAGGAGCAGGUGGCCAAUCUACCUUUUUGUCGUAUGAAGAGGCCGGAUUGAUCGAAAUGUCCGAGCUCGACAUGCACGAGCGAUUCUUAUGUCGCCUGACGGUGUCUUCACUGAAUCUCCUCAGGAUAGUCUCAGAGCAAGAAGGUGUUCCCAUAGAAGAGCUUAAUGCGGGCAUGAUUUGUGAUUGGUUUCAGAAAGAUAAAGUAAAGAGGGAACAGGAUAUCAACUCAGCCACCCUGAAAUGGGAAUCUGGGCCUGAAUGGUGAAGUUGCCAGAGGUUCAGUCACCCGAGUGCUCUCUUUCCAAUGUAUCUUAGAUUAUUGCUCGAUGGGAAAUCGUUUUUCCACUCAAUUCUACACAACCCUGAUGGUAUCAACUCAGCCU